ACGCAGGCGCCGGUCCCCUGGCAUUACUGUCUCCUUUGCAUUUGUCGCUCUACGUUCUGCGAUCACGAAACCAUAUACCAAAUGUCUGAUGCAAAGCCGUACACAGAGGCAUGGCUUCCCGGGCCAGACGGUCACCAGUUUUACACCCGUACCUAUCGCCCAAGGGAAAGCCCGCACGCAGCGGUGGUGUUCAUUCAUGGAUUCGCAGAGCACGUAGCUCGACACGAGCACGCACACAGCAACUGGGCGACCAAGCACACGCUCGUAUUUACAUUUGACCAGCGCGGCUUCGGGAGGACAGCACUGGACCCCGAGCGACGCAGCAAGGAUGCCUCGUACGGGAAGACGUCGCACCAGCAGCAGAUGCGCGACAUCGAAUGGUGGGUGCGGCAUGUGAAGAGAGACUACCCUGAUCUGCCACUCUUCUUGUUUGGACACUCCAUGGGAGGCGCACUGGUCCUGGCAUUUCCCACCCAGACAGAGCCGCCGCCGUCAAAGGAUACCGUCGAGAUGCUCUCUGGGGUCAUCGCGUCGAGCCCGCUCAUCCUUCAGACUACGCCCCCGCCGCGACUCCUGCGCAAGGUCGGCGGCGCCGCUGCACUGGUCGUCCCGUGGAUGCCAUUCCCGGCGAAGGUGCCGCCCGAGGAUCUCUCUCACGAUCCUGUUGUGAACAACGCUAUUGGUUCGGAUCCACUGAUCAAAGAGUACGGAACGCUGCGUGGGCUGGCUGAUAUGCUUGACAGGGGCGAGAAGGUGCUCUGGUUCGGCUAUCAGUACUGGCCGAAGAAGUUGCCUAUCCUCAUUGUCCACGGCACGGAUGACAAGGUCACAUCUUACAAAGCGUCCGAGGAGUUCUUCGGCAAGAUCGACGCAGAAGACAAGAAGCUGUCGUUGUACCCGGGUGCAUAUCACGAAAUCAUGAACGAGCCCGACGGUGUCAAGGAGAAGUUUUGGGACGAAUGCGUUGCGUGGAUCCACGAACACAUACCAAAGCAGAGCGACCCGCAGCUGGCCAAGCUCUGAUGGCGGCGGAUUGACGGUGCUGUUGCGAAGGAGUUGACGCUUCACUUGACACGUCUGGCUGUAUCUGUCUCGCGCGAUGAUUUUGAACAAUCAUCCCUGCGCUGUAUUUGUAGUAGAUAGAAUGGAUCAUUUCCGUCGCGUUUCAGGAUGAGGA